CACGGUGGCAACAUGGGGUGGAGAUGUUUGGGGUUGUGCUUUCUUGCUUUGACUGUCAGUGUCGUCGAUGUCCAAGCUCGACUGGUUCGCAACCAUGUCAGCAGCAUCUGCAGCACGUGGGGCAGAGAGCACUUCAAGACGUUUGAUGGAGAUGUGUACCAGUUCCCUGGCAUGUGUGAAUACAACCUGGCUUCUGACUGCCAUGAGACCUAUCAGGAGUUCUCAGUGCACAUGAAGAGGAUAGAGGAGGAUGGAAACCCUACAAUCAGUUAUCUGGUGGUCACCAUCAAUGACCUUUCAAUCCACCUCGGCAAGACCCUUGUCACUGUGAAUGGCCUUCCUAUCAACUUACCAUACCACAAUGCAGGGGUACGAGUGGAAAAAGAUCCAAUUUACAUGAAGCUCCAGUCUAAAGUUGGCAUUGUUGUCAUGUGGAACGGUGAAGAUGCAGUCACGGUGGAACUCGAUCGUGACUAUGCCAACCGUACUUGUGGACUCUGUGGAGACUUCAAUGGUGUCUACAAUGAGUUCAUUCAUAAUGGCCGCAAAAUCAGCCCAACUGAGUUUGGCAACAAACAGAAAGCCCAUCGUCCAAACGAUGACUGUGAGGACCCCUAUGAAGAGGAAGAUCAACCACUGGAGGAUGUGACUUUGCCAGAUUCAUGCAAGGAGUUUCAAACGUCUUGUGAGCAGAUACUGCAUUCGGAGUCCUGGAGCUCCUGCACCGAACUGAUUAACCCUGAAGCUUACAUCCAGGCCUGUGCACGGGACAUGUGUGGCUGCAUCAGUAAUACAAGUGACUUCUGUGUCUGCAGUACAGUGUCUGAGUUCUCCCGGCAGUGUUCCCAUGCAGGAGGACAGCCUCCUAAUUGGAGGACACCUCAGUUCUGUGCUGUACAGUGUCCAUAUAACAUGGCUUAUGAAGAGAGCGGUUCCCCUUGCAUGGAAACAUGCACAGAUCAAGACACAAAUUUACUCUGUGAAGACCACAGAAUGGACGGCUGCUUCUGUCCUCCUGGAACUGUGUUUGAUGAUCUUUCCAUGAGAGGGUGCAUUGAUAAAUCUCAAUGUCAGUGCAAACAUGACAAAAUCUAUAACUCCACAGAGGUUUACAGGCAGGAAACAGAGGAAUGUAUAUGUCUGGAGGGUAGAUGGGUUUGUAAGAGCCUUAAAGCGCCUGCUACAUGUGCACUUGAAGAAGGUUCACAUGUCACUACCUUUGAUGGGAAAACCUACACCUUUCAUGGAGACUGUUACUACACCUUAGCCAAAGUGGAAAGCAAGGAUGCUUCAAGUCCAAAGUUUACCAUCCUGGCACAGCUGGCACCAUGUCGAGACCAAGAGUUUGACACUUGCCUUAAGACCCUUAAAAUUGUGCUGAACAAUGACAGAAACAAUGUCUUAAUGUUCACUUCUGAUGGCACAGUAAAGCAGAAUAUGCAGACUGUCACUUUGCCAUACCAAUCAGGUGACAUCAACAUAUUCCACGCGUCAUCCUUUCACAUCAUGCUCCAGACCAGUUUUGGCUUGCAAAUUCAGAUCCAGCAUGUGCCUCUCAUGCAGGUCUAUGUCAGAAUGGAUCAGAGCUACAAAGCAAAGACACGUGGUUUAUGUGGGAACUACAACAUGGUCCUGUCUGAUGACAUGAAGACUCCUCAGGGGAUAGUGGAGGGAACAGCAGCAACAUUUUGUAACUCCUGGAAAGCUAACGGCUUGUGCCAAGACAGAGAGGAAAGACUUAAUGACCCCUGUGCCCUCAGUGUGGAAAAUGAGAGGUAUGCCAAACACUGGUGUGCCCUGCUACUAAGUCCGAGCAGCACAUUUGCUCAGUGCCAUUCAGCAGUGGAUCCCGAGAUGUACCAUAAGCGAUGUAUGUAUGCCAGCUGUACCUGUGAGAAGAGUGACGCCUGCCUGUGUGCCAUCUUCUCCUCCUACGCACGAGCUUGUGCAUCAAAGAGAGUGAUCCUGACAGGUUGGAGAGACAACGUCUGCGAUAAACAUGCAAAGACCUGCCCAAAAUCUCAAAUCUUCUCGUAUGAGCAUCAGAGAUGCCAGAUGACUUGUAAAUCGCUGGGCUCAAACCAGCAAAGCUGCAGUUCUGACUUCCUGCCUGUGGAUGGAUGCUCCUGCCCUGAGGGUUUCUACUUAAAUGAAAAGGACAUCUGUGUCCCUAUGGCAAAAUGUCCCUGCUACCACAAUGAAGUCUACAUUAAGCCAGGAAAGUCCAUCAACAUCAAAGAUGAGCACUGUGUGUGCAUCAAUGGAAAGCUUCAUUGCCGCUCCUGGAAAACCCAUUCAUUAAUUUCUACACCAUGCCGAUCUCCAAAAGUUUACUUCAACUGCUCCACUGCGGGCAUAGGAGAGCUUGGACUGCAGUGUGCUCCAACUUGUUCAAAUCUGGACAGCGAUGAUUGCGACUCCACAGAGUGUGAAUCUGGCUGUCUGUGUCCAAGUGGCUUCCUGGAUGAUGGCAAAGGUUCCUGUGUGAAACAACAUGAUUGUCCAUGCAAGCAUAAUAAUCAACUUUAUGCCAAUGGAGCAAAAAUCACAAACCAAUGCAACACCUGUACCUGCAAAAGCGGAAAGUGGGAGUGCACCAAAAACAAAUGUCCAGGAACUUGCACUAUUUAUGGGAGUGGCCACCACACUACAUUUGAUCAGCGAACAUAUGGGUUUCCAGGAAAAUGUGCCUAUAUUGCCGUCAAGAACAAAUGUGGCAAUAAAACAGUUGAGGGCAAUUUUGGAGUCAUCACAGAAAAUGUACCAUGUGGAACUACAGGAACCACAUGCUCCAAAAUAGUCAGAAUCCAACUGGGGCGAAGGGAAAUCAAACUAUCAAAGGGCAAAUAUGAAGAGGAGGACCUCGGGCAAGGCACUCAGAUUGAGUACAAAAUAAGGAGGGUUGGCUUGUAUCUGGUGAUUGAGUCUGCCAUUGGUUUAGCAGUGAUGUGGGAUCGCAAAACAGCUGUUCGCAUUCUCCUGGAACCACAGCACAGCGGAGAGGUAUGUGGCUUGUGUGGAGAUUUUGAUGGUGAUGGACUGAAUGACUUCACCACCAAGGGUCAGCUGACAGUGAGCAGUCCGAUAGAAUUUGCAAACAGCUGGAAAGUGUCAAGCAGCUGCCCAGAUGUGGAAAUGAAUGGUGACCCUUGUAUAGUAAAUCCCCAGAGACAUCCCUGGGCAAAAAUGAUGUGCAGCAUUAUAACUGGAGAAACCUUUAAAGAGUGCCACAGCAAGGUAGAUGCCAAUCCAUUUUAUGAAAACUGUGUGAAAGACUCUUGUGCCUGCGACACUGGAGGAGACUGUGAAUGUUUCUGCACAGCGGUUGCAGCUUACGCACAGGCUUGUAGUGAGGCUGGUGUGUGUGUUGCAUGGAGAACUCCAGAUAUCUGUCCUGUCUUUUGUGAUUACUACAAUAGCCCAGAUGACUGCAAGUGGCACUACCAUGCUUGUCACACACCUUGUUACAAGACCUGUUUAAAUCCACAAGAAAAUUGUAGCAACCCCCUACCCAACCUGGAAGGUUGUUUCCCUAAAUGCCCGGAGGAUAAGCCUAUAUUUGAUGAGGAGACCCAGAUGUGUGUGGAGGAAUGUGUAACUACGACUACACCUGAACCUCAAACCACAACCACACAAUCUACACCAUCGACACCCGAAACAACUACAACACCUAAAGUUGGAACUGCAACCACAAGGUCCACAACACCACCAACUGUAACUACAACUACAGUACCAACCACAACCACACAAUCUACACCAUCGACACCUGAAACAACUACAACACCUAGAGUUGGACCUACAACCACAAGGUCCACAACACCACCAACUGUAACUACAACUACAGCACGAACCACAACCCCAGAAAUGACUACUCCAACGACUGAACAUACUACUGUAACUGGAACACCAUCCACAACCGCAACGUCCACAAUAACUUCAACUGUCCCACCUACAACCACUGAAGCAUCUACUACAGCAACUAUAAGCUCUGCCACUACACCAUGUAUUAUAACAUGUGAAUGGUCCGAGUGGUAUAAUGAGGAUGACCCACUAAAGGACCAUAGUGACUGGGAAACAUAUGAGAACAUUACAAACAGUGGAAAAGAAAUAUGCAAAAAUCCCCAAGAAAUUGAUUGUAGAUCCGCGAGUCAACCUGACAUAGCAUUUGAUGACUAUAUCAGUCAAACUGGCCAAGUUGCUACUUGUAAUAUAGACUAUGGUUUGAUAUGUAGAAAAGAGGACCAGAUAUUACGACCAUUUAAGUGCUUUGACUAUAAAAUCAGAGUAUGUUGUGAGAUAGAGAUAUGUACAACCACAGAACCAACCACAACCACAGAAUCAACACCAUCAACUGUAACUACUACUACAACCACAAGGUCCACAACACCGGCAACUGUACCUACAACUACAGCACCAACCACAACCACACAAUCUACACCAUCGACACCCGAAACAACUACAACACCUAAAGUUGGACCUACAACCAUGAGGUCCACAACACCGGCAACUGUACCUACAACUACAGCACCAACCACAACCACACAAUCUACACCAUCGACACCCGAAACAACUACAACACAUGAAGUUAUAACGGGUCCUACAAGUACUACUGUACCAACAGGACCGAAUGUCAAUGGAACUACCCCCACCCCCACCACCCCUACUACUCUGAUACCUCCACCUAUUUGCCCUGAAUGGAAUGUAACACAAAAUGAGACCUUCUUCAUUUGCAACUGCACCUUGGCCAGAUGUAUUGAGAACAAUACAAUUGAAAUAAUUACAUAUGAAUGUCCACCGCUUGUGAACAUCACUUGUGCAAAUGGAAAGGAUCCAGUCCUUCUUUAUGAUGAACUCUCCUGCUGCCGAUAUUACGCCUGUGACUGUGUAUGUGAAGGCUGGGGAGAUCCUCAUUACAUUACAUUUGAUGGACUCUACUACAGUUAUCAAGGAAACUGUUCCUAUGUCUUGAUGGAAGAGAUUUUGCCAAAACAUGACUUGAAGAUUUAUAUUGACAAUGUCUUUUGCGAUCCCACUGAAGAUGUUUCUUGUCCACGAUCGAUAAUCAUAUCAUACAGUUCACAAGUUAUCAAACUCAUCAAUCAUAACCUUAUUGGAGCAGCGGAUUUAGAGGCAUUCAAAGAUGAACAUCGUUUGAAACUACCUUAUUCACAACAAGGUGUUAAGGUCUUGACUACUGGCCUUAACUUGAUUUUGGAGAUUCCUGAAUUCAGAGUGGUCAUUACAUUUGGAAUAACUGGCUUUAGUGUCACCCUUCCAUAUCAGUACUUUGGAAAAAACACACAGGGCCACUGCGGAACAUGCAAUAACAACCAAGCUGAUGACUGCAUGUUGCCUGGAGGCCAGCUGGUGAAAGAUUGUGCUGUGAUGGCUGAUUAUUGGCCUGCAAAACACAUUGAACAACCUGACUGCCCGAUACCAUCUAUACCGCCAACCGAUAAACCUGGACCUACACCAACCUUAACUCCAUGCAAGCCAGACUCCAUGUGUGAUCUGCUUACAAGCAGUGUCUUCGCAGAGUGCCAUGCCUUUGUAUCUCCUGACAGAUUCUACCAAGGUUGUGUUUUUGAUAGCUGCCAUGUUUCCAACCAAGUAGUGGAGUGUACAAGUUUGCAGACUUAUGCUGCUGCCUGUGCUCAAGCUGGAGUUUGCCUUCACUGGAGGAACCAUACCACACUUUGUGCAAGUAACUGCCCGUCAAACAAAAUUUACAAGCCAUGUGGCCCUGUAGAACAGCCAACCUGUGAAGACAAUCCUAAUGAAGUAUCAAUGAACUACACUACUGAGGGCUGCUUUUGCCCUGAUGGAAUGAAACUCUUCAACAAAGAGUCUGGCAUAUGUGUUGAAAAGUGUGGGUGUCUUGAUCCUGAGGGUGUUCCUCGUGAGUUUAAUGAGAGGUUUGAGUAUAAAUGCCAAGACUGUAUCUGCGAGGAGUCCACCAAGACUGUGAAGUGCAAGCCUAAGGUUUGCCCAGCACCACCUAUAGUAGACUGCACUGAUCCUGGGUUUGUGCUUGUCAACAAAACGAAUCCAUCAGAUCCCUGCUGUUCUACCUUUGAUUGCCAAUGUCAUAUCAACACUUGUCCACUCACUGACAUGAACUGUCCCGUUGGAUAUACACCAACUGUCAGUGUACCUGCAGGAAAAUGCUGUCCAGAGCAUACAUGUGUGCCUAAAAGAGUUUGUGUCCACAAAGAUGUUGAAUACCAGCCUGGUUCUUCAGUUCCUGCGGCCACCUGUCAGGAUUGUAUCUGUACAAAUGAGGUCGACCCUAAAUCUAGUCUUUUUAAGAUAACUUGUGAGUUUAAGCAGUGUCAAGAAAAAUGUGACACGGGGUAUGAUUAUGUGGAAACGGAUUCAGAUGAAUGCUGUGGGAAGUGUGUACAGACACACUGUGUCCUCAAUAUCAAUGGUACCACAAAGCUCUUGACGCAAGGAGAAACCUGGACAUCACCUGAGGAUAAGUGUCAACAUUACAGUUGCGAUAAGAGCGGUGAGACUUUGACAACAACCAGUUCAUACAUUCUGUGUCCACCAUUCCAGCAGAGCAACUGUCAACCUGACACAAUUCAGACUGCAGCGAAUGGCUGUUGUAAAAUUUGUAUGGAGAAGGAGAGGGCCUGCAAGUUAGUACCCAUGAAAACCCGUAUUACGAUCGGCACCUGUCAGUCAAAGGAGGAGGUAGACAGGCCAUAUUGUGAAGGAUCCUGCAACACUUUCACCAAGUACUCUGAAGCAGCAGCUGCUAUGCAACAAUCCUGCUCCUGCUGUCAGCAGAUGCGCUUCAGCAAUCACACUGUUGACUUGAAAUGCCUGAAUGGAGACGUGAUUCCUUACACGUACAUGCAUGUGGAGGAGUGUAGCUGUCACCACGCAGACUGCACCAAAACAGCUGCACAACAUGCUCGCAGGAGGCGGAGCUUCACACUUCUGUGAUAAAAUAUAUGUUAUCACAUUAAUGGAUGUUGGAUUGAAAAGUUUCUUCCCAUACAGUCUUAACAAUCAAUCUCUUACAAAGUAAUUGUAUAGAGAAUUUAUCAUUUCAAAAAAUAAAUAAAAAUAUACAACUCUG